AUGUCUACAACAACAACAACAACAACAACAACAAAUACAGGUGAUUUUGAUGACUAUGAACCAACAAUAAAUAACUUACUUGAAAAAGAUACAUUAAAGUGGAUAUUUGUUGGUGGAAAGGGUGGUGUCGGUAAGACAACCACAUCAUGUAGUAUUGCUAUUCAAUUGGCCAAAGUAAAAGAGUCAGUAUUGUUGAUUUCAACUGAUCCUGCACACAAUCUCAGUGAUGCUUUCGGUCAAAAGUUCACAAAGCACCCAUCUUUAGUCAAUGGUUUUCCAAACCUCUUUUGUAUGGAAAUAGAUCCAACACCAGAUCAUGAUGCACCAGAGUUUAUCAAUAAACAGAAUGGAGGUGGAUUAAUGGAUUUCCAAGAGCUUGCAAUGUCUAUUCCGGGUGUAGAUGAAGCAAUGAGUUUUGCAGAGGUGAUGAAACUCGUUCAAGAUAUGAAAUUCUCUGUUAUUGUUUUCGAUACAGCACCAACUGGUCAUACUCUUCGUCUCCUUUCAAUUCCAUCAUUACUCGACAAAGGUAUCGCCAAGUUUAUGGAUAACAAUUUAUCAGGACUUUUCUCAACUUUUGGAAAUGUUGUUGGAUCUGAACACUCACCAGAGCAAAUCAAUUCAAAGAUAUCAUCAAUCAAAAAGACAAUCGAAGAAGUUAAUAUUCAAUUUAAGAAUCCAGAUGUAACAACAUUCGUACCAGUAUGUAUUCCAGAAUUCCUUUCACUUUAUGAAACCGAGAGAUUGAUUCAACAAUUGACAAAGUUGGAUAUGGAUGUACAGAACAUCAUUGUAAAUCAAAUCGUUUACCCAGAGAAUGAAUGUGGAUUGUGUCAUGCAAGAAGUAAGAUGCAAAAGAAAUAUAUUGAUCAGAUGGCCGAUCUCUACAUGGAUUUCCACGUAACCAAGAUGCCACUUUUGAAAGCUGAAAUCAGAGGUGUACCAUCACUCACCAUUUUCUCUGAACUCUUGACCGUACCAUACGAUCCAUCCAAACCAGUUGUUCUCCCAACUGAAAAUCAAUAA